AUGCGCUUCACUUGGGCUGCUGUUUUCGUGCCGUUGCUGAGGCUAACAGAGUGCACCCCAGUCAUCGACCUUGGGUAUGAGCUGUACCAACCCACCGAGUUCAAUGAACGAUAUGGUUACUGGAACUUCUCCAACAUCCGUUAUGCCGCGCCUCCAGUAGGCCAUCUGCGGUUUCAGGCGCCCCGACCUCCAGCCAAGAAUAGGGCCAUCGUUCAAGACGGUCGGGAAACUCGCAUUUGCCCGCAAGCACAGCCAGCUUGGAUGGCGACCACUCCGCAGUGGCUCUUUGCCUAUCUCACAAAAGGUAUCCAACCCAACGGCACUAACUCUGCCAACAUGUCUCUAUUGCCAGCUCGGGAUCCUCGUGAGAAUGAAGACUGUCUGUUCUUGGACAUCUUUGCCCCCAAGACCGCGCUGGAUAAUGUGAAGAAUGGUACCGGUGCUCCAGUCAUGGUAGAGAUUCAUGGUGGAGGCUACGUCCAAGGUUCCAAGUCUGAGUCCAAUCCGUGGGGCCUUCUUCGUCGCGGCAAAAACGUCACAUCUGAAGAGUUCUUGUACGUCAGAAUUAACUAUCGGUUGGGCGCUUUCGGCUUCAUGUCGGGUCCCACGUUCCAACAGGAUGGUACCCCAAACGCAGGGCUGCUCGACCAGAGAAAGGCUCUCCAGUGGGUGCAGGAUCAUAUCCAUCGAUUCGGAGGAGAUAAGAACCGUGUUACCGUCAUUGGCUCUUCGGCUGGUGCAGGCUCAAUCAUUCAUCAGGUGACAGCUUUCGGCGGCGAGCACUCUCAACGUCUCUUCCACAGAGCCAUACCUCUAUCUUCAGCAUGGUUCCCGAGUCCAGCGGCCUUCCAGCAGGAGGAAGCAUUUCACAAGUUUCUGCACCUCGCCAAUGUUGCCAGUCUAUACGAGGCUCGCGCUCUGUCCACAGAAGAGCUCAUCCAUGCCAACGCUGUCCAAAUCCUCAACGCCGCUCACGGUACUUUUGUGUUCGGUCCCACGAUCGACGGCGACUUAGUUCGCGAUGAUCCCAGGUCUCUCCUAGCUACUGGCCGAUUUGAUAAAUCUGUCGAGGUCUUCAUGGGACACACCCCCAAUGAAGGGCUUGGCUUUAGCCCGCCGGCUGUAACCGACGCAGAAUACGUGCAAGGGCUCCAGGACCUGUUCCCGCAUGCUAUUCCGCGGGUCAUCGAUCACAUUGCUGACACACUCUAUCCUCCUAUCUUCAACUCUUCGCUUUAUCCGGACAACGUUAGGCGCAUGGGGCUAACGGUAACCGAAGCUGCGUUCACUUGCGCAGUGCCUGCACUUGGCCAUGGCUUAGCCAGGGCGAACUCCUCGGCCUAUGGCUACGUACUUGAAGAUGGGUUCGGACUUCAUGGGUCAGAGGGCGCGUUUGCGUACUAUGAUGGGAACGAUACUGUGAACAGGACUUUGGCCUAUACUCUACAGGACUACCUGACUACCUUUGCCGCUCACGGCUUGCCCAAGAGUGAGAUCGAUGAGCUGGAGCGAUUGGUACCCUAUGGUGAAAAUGGAAAUAUCGUACGAAUGUCCUCUGCUGGUAUAAAUCAGGAGAGAGACCCUGCUGCUAAUGCGCGGUGCGAAUGGUGGCAGCUUGGUCUUUAUAGAUGA